CCGCGCUCGCCGUCGCCGGCGCCGCGCCGCGCCACGCCGUCCCGCUCGCCGCUGCGCAACCGCUCGCGCUCGCCCCCCCUGCGCGCUCCCAUUGGCCCGCCGCCGCCGCGCCCGGCGCACGCGCCCGAGAACCCCGACCCGACCAACGUCGUCGGCGUGUUCGGCCUCUCCAUCCGCACCACCGAGCCCGAGCUGCACAAGGUCUUUGACGACAUUGCGCCGGUCGAGAAGGUCGUCAUUGUGUACGACGCACGCGUGCGUAUCCGCUCGCGCGGCUUCGGCUUCAUCACGAUGAAGGACACGGCCGCCGCCGAGAAGGUCAUAAAGGCGCUCAACGGCCUGGACCUGCACGGCCGCCGUCUGCGUGUCGACUUCUCCGUCACGAAGCGCCCGCACGAGCCGACGCCGGGCGAGUACCGCGGC